GCAUCUGUGUUUUCUUAAUGCAGUUGCUCAAGUUGAGCUGCAGCCCGGUUUGGGACUAAGAAGGACAAAGCCCUUCCUUUAUAAUUUGACUCCAAUAUUUCCUUCUGACUUCUCAGUACCUGGCUCCUGAGGUGCUAAAGAAGCAGCCCUAUGACAGGACAGUAGACUGGUGGUGCCUAGGAGCUGUCCUCUAUGAAAUGCUCUUUGGACUGCCUCCUUUUUACAGCCGGGAUGUGUCUCAGAUGUAUGACAACAUUCUGCACAAGCCACUACAGAUCCAAGGAACCAAAACUGUGGCAGCUUGUGACAUCCUUCAGGGACUUCUCCACAAGGACCAGAAGAGGAGGCUGGGUGCCAAAACAGACUUUCUUGAAAUAAAGAACCACGUAUUCUUCAGCCCAAUAAACUGGGAUGAUUUAUAUCACAAGAGGAUUACUCCUCCAUUCAACCCCAAUGUGGCUGGCCCAGCUGAUCUGCGACACUUUGAUCCUGAGUUCACCCAAGAAGCCAUCUCUGCCUCCAUCACCCGCACACCUGAGCUAGCAGCCAGCAGCUCCAGUGCCUCAGAUGCAUUUUUAGGAUUUUCAUAUGCACCAACUGAAGAGGACAUUUAAGUUUUACAACGGCUUUGUGAAGCCAUAUUUUAAAUGAAUGGGUUUUAUAUUUUUGUUUUGUUUUUCCUUUUGAGAGGAUUGGUACUAUCCUUUGCUCAUGGUUUAAGGAAAUUGGCACUAACACACUAACUGGCUGGGAUGGAACACAGAUCUUAAUUUUUGCUGUUUGGUGGAUUUUCUCCCUAAAUGAAUAUUUCCCUGCCAGGGGAAGUGGGACACUGACUAUGAUUUUCCCUGAGUGUCUUGUGCUGCUUGGCAGAAUUGUAUUCACCCUGUGGCUGUAUCUAUGGUUGAGGCAUGUGCCAUUAUUCACAUCAACAGCCAUGUCCCUGUAACUGGACAUAUUUUUUUAAUUUUUUUUUUUGUGAAACUAUGGUCAGCUAUGUCCAAUGUCUUUCCAAAGCCCUCAUCAGGAAUGGAAAACUCUUCAUAUCACCAUGAACAGUGGCUUCCUUCCUUUAGGUGAACUCUGUCAACUCAAGCUGCUUAUCCUGGGCUGAGUGAAAAACUGUUCAUCAUUGCUCCAAAGACAUCUGCAGAUCUGUAAAUCCUGAACUGCACUGUGUUCUUUCAUGCCAGCCUGAUCUCUCUCAAAGUGAGAGGAUCAUCUGUCUGGUCCAGGAUUGGGAUGCUACUGAAGCCACACUGAGGCUGUGACAGAGGAACCAAUGUGUAUGAGGAAAAUCCCAGACCAAAAAGGGGCUGGGGAAGGGGGCUGAGUUGCUUGGAAAAAAUGGAAAUAACUUUAUAGCUGACCUCUGCUUGGGGUUGGGGGGUGCUUUCACAGUGUGUGCUUGACUUGCCUCAGGCACACCAGCACUUACUGUGAUGAGCACAGGGCAGUGAACAGCGAGUGCUGACCAGGCUCCAGCACUCACCUGAAAAUGCCUAUCACUGAUGUGGAACAGUUAUUUAUUCUGCCUUAAUUUAAGUGCUGGUGUAUUCAUUGAAUGUCACUUCCCACUUAUUUUUUUAAGCUGUUGUGUGCUGUGGCUGUGGGGAGGACAGGGGGCUCAGAGCAACACGGGGAUAAACAAGGGGCUGUCUAAAAGUUGUGUGAUGCUCAUGCUGUGGGGAACCUUGUGCUGGUACAACGGUGUUUUGGUUUUUUUUUUUUAAUCAGGCUCUAUCUUGUAUAUGCUGAAGUCAUUGGAAGUAUGACAUGGUUUCUAUUAAAGUUAUAAACACUGA